ACAGAUCGCAAAUUACCCAAGGAGGCCUUCUCCAUCAGUGCCACAGAUGAAGCGGCCAACGCAGUGGAGGAGCAGGAGGAUGAGGAUGAGUGUGAGCUCUACCAGGGCCAGCUGUGCCAGCACACGUGCACCAACAUCUGGGGCUCCUACCGCUGUGGCUGCCACCAGGGCUACAUCCUUCAGCCGGACGGACACUCUUGUGCACCUGAUGUGGAUGAGUGCGUGAGCAACACCCACAGGUGCCGGCCCAGUGACCGGUGUGUGAACACGGUGGGUUCUUUUGUAUGCAGACCACAGGUCACUUGUCCUGCAGGCUACCAACUGAAAAACACUAUUUGCCAAGACAUUGAUGAGUGCAUGAUGAGGGCUCAUGACUGCGGUGAGGGCUAUGUGUGUGAGAACAUAGCUGGCUCUUUCCUCUGUAAAUCCAAACACAAGUGCAUCAGCGGCUUCACACAGGACUCUCAUGGCAACUGUGUUGACAUAAAUGAGUGCAGCAGCCUGAGUGUGCCCUGCAGCCCGGGUCUGAACUGCAUUAACACAGUGGGCUCCUACUCGUGUCAGCAGAAGAUAAUAACCUGCAAUCGUGGUUACCGCGCCAGCCCUGAUGGACACGAGUGUGUCGACAUGGAUGAGUGUCAGAUGGGGACGCACCGCUGUGGGCGGGGCCAGAUCUGUCACAACACUCCUGGAAGCUUCCGCUGUGACUGCCAGACAGGGUACCAGUUCGAUGCCCUCCGAAAAGCCUGCAACGAUGUGAACGAGUGCUGGCGCUAUCCUGGCAGAGUGUGUGCCCAGACCUGUGAAAACACGCCGGGCUCCUACUACUGCUCAUGCACCGCCGGCUUCUCCCUCGCCGCCGAUGGCAAGAACUGUGAGGGUAAGCACGAUUCGUUUUUAUUUUUCCUCUUCCCCCGACUCACGGAGAACAAUCUGGAAGCUUAA